AUGGUGCCGCCACGGCUCCGGCUGGCCCCCGCCAGGCUGCUCGAUUCCUCUUGUUCCUUGAAGAAGACGCUGCAGUGCAGCUGUUCCUUCCAUGGGACCCCCACGCCCUCCGUGCGGUGGUGGACGGGGGGCGCUCCCGUGGGUAUGAACGGCAUGGACGGUGGCCUCCAGGUGACUUCCACCACGCUUGGCCCCUGGGCCAACAGCACCACCAGCCUGACGGAGCAGCCCCAAGUGGGCACGAGCCUCCGCUGUGAGGGCAGGAACCAAAAGGGAACCCACGCCUUGAGCAUCCUGCUGACGUCAGGGAAGAGUUCUUUUGUUCCCCAGACUUUCAUGAAAGGACGGACCCAGGGCGUUUCCUACGGAGCCAUCGCGAUGACACUGCUCUUCCUCUGCCUCCUCGCGCUCACAGCAAAGCAUAUCAGAAUGAAGCAGGCAAAGAAAAUUGCAACAAUCAAAGCAGAAAAGAACCCUAAAGUCAGAGCGCACCAAGAACCCGAGAUGUCUCUGAGGCCUGAGGGACGAGAAAAAUCCAUAGUCACCCCAUCUUCUGAGAGCCGGAUAUUGGAAAAGCAAGAUAAAGUGGAGCUGACAAAGCCUGUUCGCAGUCAGGCUCAGGAGGAACUGCCAGAUUUGCUUCUGGAGUUCCACCUGGGUCCGCUAGAUGGCGCUGAUGCACUUCCUCGCUAG